UCAUUAUUUUUUAUUAUUUAAGUCGUUUUAUUGAUGAUCGAACAAAAAAUAAAGCUCAAGAUGGUGAUGAACAUAAACAAGCAUCUGAAUUUCGUUGGCCACGUGAUACACUUCUUUCAGUUAUAUCAACAUUUAUUCAUUUUUCUACUCAACGUUUAAAAGAGUUAACUAAAUUAAUUAAUGAUCCAACAUUACGUAUGCCAGAAUUACUCGAUGCUAAAUCUCAUACACGUCUUGCUGAUAUAGCACAUACAUUACUUAAAUUAGGUGGUUAUGAUCCAAUAACAAUGUCAUGUCGUGGUAUACAAAAUUAUUUUCAAAAAUUAUUACCAUGGACUAAUUGGAGUCAGGAACAAUUACGACCAGCAUUAAAUCUUUUAUUAAGACGUAUUGAUAGAAUGUUUUCAAAAAUAUGUAAAAAACCAUUGACUAAACGUUGUUUUGAUUGGGAAGCAACAGCAGGAAUUUUAAAUGGAAUUUAUUUAACUAUUGAUCGUCAUCCAUAUAUUGCUUAUUUUCCUAAUCUUAAAGCAUUGGUUUCAGGAUGUAUUGCACUUGUAUUAAAUGAAAAUGUAUCAGAAUCAAGUCAUAGUGUACCACGUUUUGAUACAGCUGCUUUUCCAAAAGAAUUUUCUCGAGUUGUUAUUAAACUUGUUGGAAGAUAUUUAUUAGCUAUUAAAAAUCAACCAAAUUUAGAAGCAUUAACUGGUAAUAGUUGGUCAUCUUCAAAUGUACCAUCAUCAAUAAAUCAUUUAUUACAUUUUUUUUUACCAUUAAUGUUUUGGGCUGGUAGUGGACGAAAAGAUGCACCAAAACUUCAUUCAAUUGAUAUUUCAUAUAUAAUAUUUAUAUUACUUAAUGCACUUAAACCAAUAUCAAAACUUGCCACAGCUAUGGCUGCACAAGGUGGACCUGGAAGUGGAGCUGGAGGACAAAUAAGUAGUGGACCUAGUGCUGGUGGUGGAAAACAACAUUUAACUAUUGGUGAAGCUAUUUUACAAAAUAGUAGUUUUACACAUAAAUCUAUGCGACAAUUAAAAGAUCUUUUACAAACAGCAUCUUUAUUAGGUUUAAAAGUUUUAAUUAUUGGUUUUUCUAAACAAUUAAAACGUGAAUGGCGACGAAUAGCUCAAUCAAUAAAAUUAAUGUGUAAUAAACAAUCGAAUGUAUCAUCAAUUCUUUUAUCAUUUAUUGAUUUUAUUGUUUCAUAUAAAACUCCAAUAUUUGUUAUUCUUCGGCCAUUUCUUUUUCAUUAUAUUUAUUCAAUUUCAUCGGAUAAUGAUCGUGAUUAUGAAAUGAUUACAAAUAUUCAACAAAAACUUAUUUUUGAUAAAAUAACACCAGCAAAAUCAACAGGAGAAAUUUUAAAUGGAUUAAUGCAAGAAUUAAAUCAUUUAAAAGCUGAAUUAACAGCCGUAUUAAUAACGACUACACAAGAAAUGAGUCGGACGAGUUCAGCUGGUGGAAAAAAGAGAAUUAUUUUAUCGAGAACACCACGACGAAGAAAACGUGAUGAUAUUCCUUUAGUUCGUCUAUCAUCAUCUGACGAAUCAAAAUCAUUAUUUCCUUAUGAAACACGUCCAGUAGGUACUGAAAAAGUGCGAUUUGAUACUGAAGCACUUGAACAAAUGAAAGAUCGUGAUGGUGGUACAGGUACAUCUGCUGCUACAACUGAUGGACGAUCGGCUGGUAGUCGAUUAACAAAUACUUAUCGUAUUCGACAACAACAAUCAAGUGAUAGUAGCUUAAAUGCAUCACCAAAAAAGAAAACAGAAAAAAUUCGAGCUAAAGAAGCAUUAGAUAUACUUGAAACAUAUCUGGCUCGUUAUAGAAUUCGAUCAGGCGCUGAAAUAGCUGAUAUACCAAUAAAAUGGACAAGAGAUUUAACAUUAAAUCAUCCUUUAGCAACAACAGAUGAACCAACAACUCCUAUUCUAUCUGAAAGUUCACCUUUACAAUCAUCAUCAAAUCAAAAUCAACCUAGUCAAUUGUCACGUUCAAUUACCGUUGCUGGUGAUCGAAGUCCAUCAACAAAUGAUAGAUUAACACGACAUUAUAAUAGACUGGAAGAAACUGAUAUUGAUCAAUCAACAACAACAAAAGAAGGUGCACAUAAGUUACGUACAUUUCGUGGUCGAAAACGGGAUACUGCACAUUUCGAUAAAUCUCGAUUAACAAAAGGUUUAAUGCGAUCACAUAUAUCAAGUGAACCAGUUAUGACAUAUGAUGCUACAAAAGAAAUGAAUGAUAUAUUUCGACCAUCUAGACAAGCCAAUAAACAAGAUCUUACUUCAGUAACUAAUGAAAAAACUUCUGAUUUUAUUGAUACACGUGCUUCCAAUGAUCAAAGUGUACUUGCUUCUUUUUUUAAUAAUAAUAUCAAUGAACAAAUACCUUCGUCUUCUUCUAUUCCUAUGACAACAAUUCUUCCAAUGCAAACAGAAUCACAUACAGAAGUAUGGAUAUCACGUUUACCUAAUACACCAUCUGUAACUGAAGCCGACUAUGAAUCUCAAGUUUGA